AAUGGGCAACGAACCAUCAGCUCCAAAUGAUAAGAUUGAUUUCUUAAGACCAGUAUAAAAGAAAGCACCAGAACCUACUUAAAUCAAUAAGGUAUAGUAGAAUGAAUGGAGAAUUGGAUUGCAACAUCCUCAUCUCUUAUAAACUUUAGGAGGACAACCUGAAGGUGAUUAAUAUAGAUACUUUUUCGAAUUCUGUCCAAUCACUUUAACAUCUCUACUUUAGGAACGAUAUGGAACAAAAAAGUACUUUCCUGAAGAAGACUUAUAAGCAUUGCUUUUAGGUAUAAGUAGUGCAUUGAGUUUCUUGUAAGAAAAGGGAUUGUCACAUGGAGGUAAAUUAAAAUCAUAUAUCAAUUAGAUAUUUGCACAACAGAAAUAUUCUUUGAUUCAAAUAGUUCAAGUUUCAAAGUUUUAGAUUCAAAUUUAAUUAAUGGAAGAGGAGCUUCUAUUCAAUAAUUAUUGUCAGGAAAAUUGAAAUAUCUUGCACCAGAAAUAUUACAAAACCCAACACAACCAUUAUCUGAAAUGUAAUUGAGUAAAAAUGAUGUUUGGUGUUUGGGCAUGGUCAUGUUAGAAGCUAGUACUCUUAAACAAAAUGAUAAUCUCUAUCAAAAUGGCUUAUAAUUUAGAUUAAUCUCAGAUAGAAUUAAUGAAGUAGCGUAAAUUUACAAUUUACAAUAUGCUGAAAAUAUAGCUCUGAUGCUUAAUUUCAACCCAAAUGAAAGAUUAGAUCCAGUUAAUCUAUUUAAUUAUCUACUGGAAUAAUAAAGAACUGCAAAUGAAUAAGAUUAAUAAGUUGUUUAACAAUAGUAAUAUUAACAAUUGCUUUAAUAAUAAUAAUUGUAUUAAUAAUAAUUAUGUUAACAAUAAUAAUAAUAAUAAUAAUAGUUAUUAUAUUAAUAAUCCUAGUAGUAGUAAUUGACUUAUCAAUAGGCUUAGUAAUCCCAAUUAUAACACUAAUAAUAACCAAUAUAAUAUUUACCUUAAUAAGUCGAACAAUAAAAUUAAUAACAAUAAUUAGUAUAACCACAAUAAUUAUAACAAACUUAAGUUCCUCCCUAAUACCUUCAAUAAUAAUAAUAAACAAUUUAAUAGCAAUAAUAUAAUACUCAAUAAACACAAUAUUUAUAAUAAUAGCAAUAUGCUUAGACUCAACAACCAAGAUAGAACUCUCAUUAAUCAAGGCCAUCCUAAGAUUUUAUGAUGACUUAACCUGAUAUGAAUCAAACUAUGUAAGGAGGUGUUUCAAGAGAAAGAGUUCCAACCAAAAUUAUCAAAAAGUUAGUAUAUCCUGAUGGAAGAGUUGAAUAUUAAGAGAAAUCUCAUUCAGCAUCUAGAAUGGGUAAUAUAUUAUCCUAUUUUUUUUAGUUUAAUAACCCUAAUAAUAGAAACCAUAAUAAAUGAUUCCUUAACAAUAAUAACCCUAAGCUAUGCCUUAGUAAUAAUAAAUAAUGGCAUAAUAAUAAUAAAUAAUGGCAUAACAAUAAUAAAUGAUUUAAUAAUAAUAUACUUAGUAACCCUAAUAUAAUCCAUAGUUUUAAUAAUAAUAAUAUUUGUAAUAGCCAUAACCUCAAUAUUAAUAGAGAUAGAAUGUUCUUGGUAAUAUUGAAAACUAAAUGUAAGUUGUUACUAAUGAACAAAAUAUAACUAGAUUGAAAUAAGAAAUUGAACACUCUAAGACUUUAAUUUAAUAAUAUAACUAAUAAAAACCAUAAGUUCAAGCUGAAUCAAUAGAGGAGAGAAUAAGAAAAGUUAUUGCACAAUCAUAAGCUUUAAGAGAAAACUUUUCAUGAA